CUCUCGCAGUCUACAUGCUUGGCCUAUAGUGGAAUGCUAUAUGCGUCUCACAUGAUGGUGCUCAGUAUGUUCGUCAUGACUACGCAGGCGUCGCAACUAUGCAAUACCAACGAGUGGGAGCAUAAAGCAAUGAUCAGUGCAAAAAGAUCACAUUUCCACUGCUUUGAAGUCAAGUACACAAUCGAUAAAGGGAAAUGCUUGCUUCUAUCAUACAAAAAAGGAUUUUCUUUUGCGAGAACGCGUGAAUGCCAAAUCUCAGCUGACUCAAUAGUUUGCACCUGUGCAAACGAUUGCGAAGAAAAUGACAACAGCAACAUUGAGAAUGCUAUCAGAGCCAAUAUCAUCCUAUCCGCACAAGAAGAUGCAUGGAAAAUCGACUGCUUCGAAAGAUUGCUUCAACUGAGGAAAAAACAUAUUUUGAAAAAGCGUCUUUUACUUCGUGGCAGCGUAUCUGCAAGAAGUGAUGGCGAAGUCGAAAAAGUAUCCGUCGGUCAUCCGGCUAGUUUGCUGAACGGUAUGAAAAAAUUGAAGCUCUGGCGACAAAAGAGAGAAGAGGAUGAUGACAGCGAUGUACCAGUAGAUGAGAGCACUUCUACCACUAUCUCUUCUAGCACAACAGCACUUACCGCUUUGUAUACAACUGCAGGAAAAACUACCCAAACUACAGAAAAGCCAGCAGAUCGGACUGAAACCACCACUUCUGUCACGAUUUCUGCUAAACCUUCGACAACUGCUGUGUUGUCUACAAGUCCAUUGAAGACGUCAACGAAUUUGGUAGAGGAAGAAGCAACGGAAGAAGCAUUGGCACAAGUGCAAGCCCGUGCCAAGCCUUGGUUUCCAGUCUUUCAUCCUUCAGUGUUUGCAUUGCAGACAAAGUCUCGCAAAGGGGAUGUAAAAAAUCUUGUCCUGCUAACCUACCUCAGAGCGUUCACUGUGAUCGGCGCCAUGGCAGUAGUGCUCUUCCUACAAUUGUGUCUUAUACAUUGCAUGAUGGUCCGUCGUAGAGAAGCAUACGAGAAUAUAGAGUCUGUGCAAGAAUCCGCACCGGUUGCUGAUAAAAGCAGGGAGAAGACAUCUGACAAAAGUAGAGAGAAGGCAUCUGACAAAAGUAGGGAGAAAGUAAACGAGACGAAGAAGGUAUCUUGGUUUCGCCGUAUUUUCAAGCGAAAGAAAGAAAAAGGCGAUGUCAGAAAAGGGGACAAGGAGAAGAAAGAAGUGGAGGAAAAGAAAGUGGAGGAAAAGAGACUGCCUAAUGAACCGCUGGUACCAUAUCAUGCACCAUUCCAAUUACUUUCACCUGCUGAAUUGGCACCCACACAAAUGUCGAACGUUCAUCCCGCACCGACUUUGGCUCCUCCAAUCAAAUCUGUAAUAACCGCAUCCAGUCCUCCCACAGCUGAUCUAUUCAUGACACCUGGGGAUGCGAAUCGUCCCCCACUUCCCAAAGCUGCCAGCCCUGGACGCAGUGCUAAUCAUGGCCAGAAAGGUUUGGAAAAGAAAGCGAAAAAGCGAAAUGAUGGUACAAAGUCCACCUACGGUUGGGAAUGGAUGUGA